AUGGUUUCAGUGCCUUCUGCAGUGGGCGAGUUUCAAUUAGGUUCUCCGAACACCGAACUUUUGGAAAUCACCCAGCCUAUAUUACUGUUUGAUGACGAGUUACAAAAGACCAUCAGACAUGGGCAGGCGAAAUUUGAUCUUCGCGAAAAAAUCCGAAAACGACGUCAGUCAGAAGGACUUGAAGAUAUCGAGGUGAAAUUUGAAAAACCAAAGGAAUACGAAAUGAGACCAGAGGAAAUUGAGAAACGCGAGUCAAGAAAGGCCCGGAACCGGAAGUCGGCACACGAGAGUCGCGUGAAAAGGAAACAACAAGAGCAGGAACUGGAAGAAACGAUUACAUCACUAGAGAAAGAAAAUCAGAAAUGGAAGAACUACGUCACCAAUCUCCAGAAUUUUGAGCAGAAGCUACGCCUAAGGUUUGCUGAUCAUCUCAUCCGAUGUAAAUCGGCGGAAGUGAAACGCCUUCAACAAGACGCCAAACGCCAAACGUCAGACACCGUGUCUGUUAGUGGGAAUAUUAAUUAAAUAUGAAAUUGUCACCGUUGGUGGUCGUUCUAAAUUACGUCAUCUUUCGACAUUUAUUGCCUCCCUCAAAGCUUCGUUUUUGUUUUUGUGCAUCUACAGCUUUGAUUGAAUCAACACGACACCCUUAGAAUCACAAGAAACACAGUUCUAACGUCGAUUUGUCAUUUCACGCAGUCUCUGAGGUGGAUGGGGGUGCUCUCACGACAUCCAGUAAAACAAACAGCUGUCUCUUUUUCUCAUACAGGGCAUGUUUGCAAUUGUGUAUCGCUAACACCAUACCUCGAUACUGUCAAUCUUCAUUCUGCUUGUAAAAUCCUAGCUGGAGGCUGUGUGACACGUAGUCAAUAAUAAAACUAAAUGAAGCUGGUGCACGGGUGAAGUAUUUUAGCGAAUACUGACAGUAAAUCCAGUUUAAAUUAGUGAUGUUUUGGAUUCCGAUAUAUUGGAUCUACGGCAGUGGAGUAGUGUUAGUUUGGUGUUUUAGUGUUUUUAGUGACAAUUUCUGUACUUUUAUUCCACAGACCGCCGUAUCCGAAUCCUGGUGGUGUUUCUGUUGUUUGCUUGUUUACGUGUUUACGUUUCUUGUUUGACUUAACGAAUUAAUGCUGCCAACCUAUCGGCGUUUUUUCUGCACUGGCAUCUCUAUAAGGAUCAAUUUAUUUCUUUGGUACAAAAGAUAAAAAGACACGCUUUUCCACGAAUGCAUCUAUUUUCGAUCAUCGGGAAAAACCCAUAUACUUCUAAAUGUAGAAACUUGAUAAAUAUAGAUUAAUUCUGUGUAGAAAAACAAUUUUCUUUGAACAAGUAUAA